AUGCCGCUCAGGAAACCCGACCCGAAGAAGGAAGCAGCCAAAGCAGCCCCAGGCUCGGAGCCUGCCUUCGAUCCCAAGAGCGUGAAGAUUGAAUUCACAGCAGAGCAGAUUGAAGAGUUCAGAGAAGCCUUCGGGCUGUUUGACCGGACGCCUUCGGGGACGAUGCAGAUCAGCUACGGACAGUGCGGGGACGUGCUCCGGGCGCUCGGCCACAACCCCACCAACGCAGAGGUCCUCAAGGUGCUGGGCAAACCCAAACCAGAAGAAAUGAACACAAAGAUGCUGGACUUUGAGACAUUCCUGCCCAUCCUGCAGCACUUCACCCGCAACAAGGAGCAGGGCACCUUCGAGGACUUUGUGGAAGGGCUGCGAGUCUUCGACAAGGAGGGCAACGGGAUGGUCAUGGGGGCCGAGCUGCGUCAUGUGCUGGUCACGCUGGGAGAGAAGAUGACAGAAAGCGAGGUGGAGCAGCUCAUGGCAGGGCAGGAAGAUGCCAAUGGCUGUAUCAACUAUGAAGCUUUUGUCAAGCACAUCAUGUCUGGCUGA